UUUAGUUAUAAACAGUCGAUCGAGGAGAUCGUAAUUAGAAAUUUCAAGUGCAAUCUUCUCGGACCGUGACUUCUCGAUUAUUUACCGCAAUGAGUCGUUUUGGGGCACUUGCUGAUGGUUCCCUGUCCAUCAUGGGCAGGACCUGUCCUGAAUCUUCUAGGGAAUCGGCCUUUCGAGGCAGGAGACAGAGUGUCCCAUUCCCAGGGGAUGGCAAUGAACGAGAGGAUGCUAAAAAUUUUAUUCGAUAUCCGGUGCAGCCCAAUCCCAGUGCUAGUCGGGAUCAUGACAGGGAUAAAUACGAGAUCGGGACGUAUGGCUACGGGAAAAAUAAUGUGAAACUACUUUACGUAAAACGCGAGGACAAAUAUAACCAUGAAAUUCGGGAAUACGAGGUGGACAUUCACCUCCGUUUGGGCUCCCAGAAGGACUACCUCGAGGGUGACAAUCGUGACAUAAUUGCCACUGACAGUCAAAAAAAUACUGUUUAUCUCUUGGCAAAGAAAUACGGCGUUAAAUCGCCGGAAGAAUUUGGUAUCCUUCUCUGCGCGCACUUUCUCUACACCUAUAAACACGUCGAGGAAGUCCACGUCAACGUCGAGGAGUAUCCGUGGAUGCGUCACCAGGUUAACGGUGUACCACAUAAUCAUGCCUUCAUAUUCAAUCCGACAACGAGAAGAUACUGUCAAGUGACGCAAUUGAGAAAUGACUCUCCAAGAAUUCGAGGUGGUUUGAAAGACCUGCGCGUGCUGAAGACAACACAGAGCUCAUUCACAGAUUUCAUUCAGGAUGAAUACCGCACAUUGCCCGAUGCAAAUGACCGGAUAUUUAGUACAGUGGUAACAGCCUCCUGGGACUUCUCCACAGCAUCAGGUGUUAAUUUCGACGGGGUGUGGACAACUGUCCGCGAUUGCAUCCUCCAGAAUUUCGCUGGACCACCUACCACUGGUAUUUACUCACCAAGUGUCCAGAAUACCCUGUACCUAGCUGAAAAAUGUGUCCUCGACAAGGUUAACCAGAUUUACAGCAUCGAAAUGCGAAUGCCUAAUAAGCACUACUUCGACCUCGACUUGAGCAAAUUUCCGAAACUCGUAGAAGGAGAGAAUAAAGAGGUUUAUUUACCAGUUGACAAACCGUCGGGUAUUAUCUACGCGCAGUUGAAUCGGAAGGACAUCACCUCGAAACUUUAGACUGCGAGUAUCGGUUUUCGGUUCUAAUUACGAAAGAGGAGUGACAAAAAACGCACGUUGGUGGAGAAAUUAACGGAUAAUUGUUAAUUGUUAUGCAGUAUUUUAUACGUUCAGUAAUAUUCAUUGUAAACAAUUUUCUAUCAAUUCAAAGACAAUAAAUAAAACGAUGCGAAUAAUUUUUAUUGGAUAA